GCAGCAGAUCAUAUGCCGUUUGCAUUAUGCAAUCUCUAUUUAGUGUGUUCAGCAUUUGUGAAAGCCACGCUAUGCAAAGUCAAGCAUUCAAGUAGCUAAAUAAGUCAAUUAAGCUAUUUCUUGUGUUGACAACAACAGCAGAAUUAAUCUGUUACUUUUCUUUCGGAAUUUCUUCACCUUAUGUUUAUCUUUUGGGAAGUAUUAUACAACGUAGUUUAUAACUAUUGUUUGCAGACAGAUGGAAGUGAAUAUGAAGAAGGUAGAUUCAAAAAAAUCAAAAUCAUGUUGGUGGGAUGGUCUUCUCAAUCCUUGCAUUUAUGUCAUCCCAUGGUUUGUAAAUGGUAAAAGAUUCUUGGCUGCAGAAAUAGACCAGAGUGUCAAACAAAUAAUGAAAUUGGUGGAAGACAAACAUGAAGAUGCGACAAAAAAUGAUGAAAUACAUUCUCAAAAUAAACCGGAGGUGAUUGUCCAAGUUCAGGAACUCUACCGUAUUUAUCAGUCAUUGGGUGAACGCUAUGAUCAUUUGUCUGGGGAAUUGCGUAAGAGUCUAUCAUCUGAUUGCCAAACACAAGGCCCUGGUAGUGGUUUGGAUCAAAACUCUACACUGAUAACACCCAAUAAAAAACUGGGAAUGUGUAAGUCUAGUCAACAAGCUGUAUCUUUCAGUUCUGGUAGUGGUUGCUCUGAUCACUCCUUGAAGGAAGGCACUGAAUCAUCUUCAUUCUCAUCAGAUUCUGACUCAGAAUCUUUCAGCUCCUCUGUCAACAUCUACUUGAGCCCAGCAGUGGAUGCUGAUAAUGGUUUAGUACGUCACAAAGUUAUUGAGCUAGGAAGUGAGCUCCCAACAGUGAAAGAGGAGCUACAAGUAGAGAAUGCAGAUGGUAAGUUGAAAAUGAAAGAAAACAGAAGUUAUGAAGAAUUGAAUGAAAGACUCAUUAAGUACGAAGAAGAGUUAAGAGAUUCCAACCUAAAACUCCAGCUUGCAGAAGAAGAGAUUUUGAGGUUGAAUACAAGGCUCAAGCAGAGUGAGUCUGUUUCUAUCCUUGCUGAGCACAUGCUCGUUCAACUUGAAUCAUUGCAGAGAGGUAUCCAAAUGAGGGAAGAUGAUCUUGAGUUGGAGAAAAGAAAAGUACUUGAGUUGCAAAAACAGAUAGUUGAGCUGGUAGCUCAUGUUUCAGACUCCAACUCUGAAUUUGUGAGGUUGAUGGAGGAGCUUGCUGUAAGUAAAGAAAAGAUCAAGGCAUCAGACGAAGAGAUUGCAAUGUUUAAGCAACAACUUGACAUAGAGAGGAGGCAGGUUGUGAAGCUGCAGGAGCAAAUUGUGAGGUACAGCAAUGAUCUAUCUAAUCGUGGUCGUAAGGUUGAGGAAUUAAAGGUUACAUUAAGUUUUCAGUGUGAAAUUUUUGGCCUGUUAAAAAAAGAGACCCUCUUAGAGGCAAGACUCAAAGAAUGGGAACUACAUGGAACACCAUUGGAGGAAAAAAUAAGGCAAUGUGAAGCCGAAAAAUUGGAAAUCAAAGGUUUGUACGAUGUUCACAAGAUCGGGUUGCAAGGUCAGAUCAGUCAGUUGAAGGCAGAACUGGGUGAGAAAGGAGUGCAUUUAGAAACGCUGAAUAAGAACCUUGACGGACUGAAAUUGAAAUAUGAUAUGCUUAUGGCAGAUAGAGAUGGAGUAAUUGCGUAGGUAAAUACUCUUGUAGCUGAGAUUACUUCUCGAGAUUUGCAGAUUGGGCAAAUGGAAGAGCAUCUACAGCAAUUAAGCAGGGAACAUCUACAGCUGAUUUCCGAAUCGAAACAUGCGAAGAAUCUAGAAGAUGAAUUGAAAUUGAGAAUAAAGGACCUUGAGAAGGAAGUUGAUAGGCAGAGAAUCUUGAUAUUAGAUAUGGCUGAGGAGAAAAGAGAGGUGAUACGACAGCUUUCUUUCACACGGGAGCACUAUAGGAGAGGUUAUAAAGAAUUUAGGGCCUUUUUCAAGCACAAACGGCAUGCAGUUAUGGCUUGGCAUGCAGUUAUGGCUUCAUGA